GGCGGGCCCAUGUCACAGCUCGCACAGUCAGGCGCCGGCGCUUUAGGGGGAGCGGGUGACGAAGGUGUUGUUCCCGCCCUCCAGCAAAACCACAAGGACAUCUGCCAGCUCCUGGGCCAGCUGCAAGGCAGGGAGAUAGCGGUGCCGCUCAUCACCAGGAACGCGCUGACCGGGG